GGAAAUGUAAUGUAAAUUUAUUUCAAUUUCAUUACUCAACUUUGGUUGUAUCAACCUUAACAUACUGUUGUUAUUUGUUGUACUACAGUGGUUAACCUAACCAUGUUAUUUAAUAUUUAUUCUCACCCUGUGCAAGUCGCGAUCAGUUAUGAUCCGAAACAGUUUAAUUUCAUUGUGCAAUAGUUAUUGCAAGCAAAUUCCACUGGUUGUUCGUAGAAGCGUAGCGUAUAAGAGUUCCAUUUCGUUAGAAAACUUGUACCCUGGCAGCAGUCUCAAGCUUCGUACCCCCGAAAAAGUUGCGCAAGUUUCGGACGAAUUCGACGGUUUCAUUCCGAUCGAUAAAUUAGAAAUCAUCUACAGCAAAAGUUCCGGCCCCGGUGGUCAAAACGUCAACAAAGUCAACACCAAAGUGGACCUCAGAUUUCAUCUGGAAUCGGCGGAAUGGCUUAGCGAUAAUAUUAAAAGCAGCAUUAGGCAAAAGUACAAUUCGAGAAUCACAAAAGAGGGCCAUCUGAUUUUCCGGUCGGACCUGACCAGGUCCCAACAGUUGAACCUGGCCGAUUGCUUGGAAAAGCUUCGAUCCUGCAUUAGAGAUUCAGUAGUGCUCGAACAUACUCCGACUCCAGAAACGGAGGAGAGGAUCAGGAAAAGAAUGGAAAAGGCAGCUAGGGAGAGGUUGCGUAUAAAACGUGAACGCUCACGGAGAAACGAAGAGCGGCGUGUUCCCGAAUUUGCAUUUUAGAAAUAAAUUAAAGUUUCCUUAUGUUCCUAAUUUUGAUCGUCCCCAAUAUUCACCGCUACUUCGAUUUUAGUGGGCACAUAUACUGGGGGCAUUCGCCCAGUAGCAGUCCCGUGGAAUUCUACAAUUUUUGUCACGAUAGAUACAUUAU